AGUACCCGUAUGUAUGUUGUAUUUACUGUGCUGAUCGGCGCUGUCGUGAUUUUCAUUACGAAUUCAGAAUUUCUGUUCCUGUUUCCUCUUCAUGCCGCCUUGAAAAAGGAACCUUGUUAUAUUGAGAAUGUCACGUGCCCAUACAAUACAACCAUUGUCGUCUUAAAAAGAGACCACCAGUAUCACCGAGGAGAUGUUCUUACCGUGAGGAUGGUGGCAAGAGACAAAGAAGGAAAGCCGAAGAUGUACGGAGGAGACUUUCUCCGUGCCAGACUCAUCAGUAGUGACCGCUCGCUGCAGGCCAGUAGCGCUGGUCACGUCACUGACCACUGUAACGGCACCUACACCGUGCAGUUCCCGCUCUACUGGGCAGGGGGCGUUUCGAUAAAGAUUCAGCUCGUCCAUCCAAGUGAGGCAGUAAAGGUUCUACAGAGAGUGCGGGAAGUUCCAAACAAGCGAGUCUUCUCCUGUAGCUUCGUAUACAUGUACGAGCCAGCCACCACUGCAGCACAGUGUUUCAGCUCUGCGAACCCCGGUCUACAAUCCCACCAACAGUGCGACUUCUCAAAGCCUGAAGUAAACGGGACCUGGAUUUGCGAGAAACCGGGCAAACUUCCGUGUUCUACCAUCUCCAAGUGCCGGUGGGACCCGGGCAAAAGCAGGGCGACGACAUUGGGACUUGUGUCUGGAGAAGAAAAGAAACUGUUCCAAAGGCCAUAUCUUGAGGAGGAACUUGAAAUAGACCCCAAGGAGCCCGUACAUGUCCUUGAAGCAGAACUGCCAACAUCUCAACGCCUUCCAGCGUGUACUUGGGACACGACUGCAUCUUUGGGACAUUGGUCAGCCAAGGUCUGGACGUCAUCCGUCUGCAAUGUCCGAGUGUUCAGCAAAAAAGACAUCCAGUGGUGCCUGGCUAACAAGACCGUGUACAUGCAAGGUGACUCCACUGUUAGACAAUGGAGCGAGCGCUUGCAGGAAAUAGUGCCGCUGAACUACGAUAAGGCUACCAUGGAUUCUACAGCGCUUCUAGGAGGGGACAACAGCCAGUGGAAUAUUUCCGUUCGCUACCGGUUUCACCACUUUCCCGUACAGGGAGGGGCUUGGAAUAUAUUUUACGACUUCCGCUACGUUGUUGAUGAGCUGGACGCUACUCGAGGAGGACCAGACACGGUGAUAGUGGUGAGUCUGUGGGCCCACUUUACGGCAGAGCCGCUAGAACUGAUCCGGUCCAGACUGUACGCCAUACGGGCCGCCAUACACCGUCUCAAGCGCAGGAGCCCCGGCACGCGGGUUUUCGUGAGGACUGGGACGACGCGAGAGCACAAGAGACGAAAGCUGGAGUUCUACCUGCUAGCAAGCGACUGGCUGGCUUACCAGAUCACAGAGGUGAUACGAGAGAUGUUCCGGGCGGAUCCAGACGUGGUUGUGUUGGACACGUGGGACAUGAGCGUGUGUCAGCCGGGCAGAGACUACAUUCACCCAGAUCUAACCAUGGUGGACAGUCAACUAAACACGCUGUUUUCUCAUAUCUGCCCAAACUAGUAGGACUCAAAAGCAGAAAAAUGACAAUCUUGAAAUGUCUGACAACCAAGGAAAUAUGUUUAUGUGGCCACUGUGAAAAUCAGUGAAUAGUAUAAGCCUUGGUGCAGGCAAAAUCCCUAUGUGCAACGCCGUAGUUAGUUCAGAGUAGUUUCUUAGAAUUGUUAUUUGU